AUGGUAGCCAAAACUAUUGCGGUGCUUGCCGCUGUCGUGUCUGUGAUUAGUGCUAUGAGUGCGUCCGAUGGAUUUGGUGAAGCUUACUUCGAUUGCACAGUACCUGCAUCCUGUACUAUCCCACUUGAAGACGGAGGCGAAAGUUGCGAUACCAAUGCAGAAUGCUGUACCUAUGCCGAAUCGCCCGCCGCAUUCAUCGAGAACGAUCCUCGAGAUUCAUGUACUUUCAUGCAAUUGCUGUGCCAGCGCGGUGUCGACUUCGAGAAUAGUUCGUUUGCGCGAUGCCACGCAUAUCUCAGCGGAUAA